AUGGAUACAACUUUGUGGCUGCAUUAUCCAUGUGCGGCGCUGCGGAAUGAUGUGGUGACGAUACGUUGUGGAUAUUUUGCGGAAUCUACAUUGCCCAUGACAAAGGAUACAGAUUCUUACGGCGGCGACAAGUUUGACUCAGCAAACCCAACUUGUAACGUAUUGACGACAGCAAAAUUUGUUUGGCUAUGUUCGAUAGCUGCGGCAGCAGUUCGUGCUAGACAAUCUGAUUUCAUUUCAAAUUUGGUUUUCUCUAAUCAAUUCCUUGAAGGUUUCAGGCUAUUUAUAAUUGCAAAUAUGGCGAGAAUUCAUAUUGUAGAUUUAUUUACUGAUACAACAGAGUUCAGAAACGUGACAACUCCUAAAAGUAACAAAAUAAAUCAAUCCAUGAGUAAACAAGCCAUGCAGUUCCCUGGUUCGUAUAUUAGUAAACUCAAACGGAAAGAAACCAAACAACAGAAUAAUGCAACCUUUUCAAUAAUAUCAGAAAAUAAAGGGGUAUCUACUGAAACAUCGCAAACCAUAUUCUCAACAAAACACCCAACUAAAGCAUCAGUAAUGCCAUUACAGAAGUCAAUAACUAUAACCUCAACAAUAGCUCCAGCAAAGACAGCAAGAAAACCUAACGUAAUAACACUAUCAAUAAUGCCGGGAACAACCCCAACAGUUGCACCAGUCAAACUUACGAGUUUAGUGAAAAAGACACCUACUAUUCCUAUUGAACUACAAAUUUUCACUGUCUCUACCGGAAAAGUAAAAAAAACUGCAAAUUUUUCGAUUCUUCAGGCACCAACCGAAAUUAUUUGGAUUUUGAAACAGAACAGGUCCUUAUUUCAUGGAAAUCACCUAGGUAAGUUCAAAAUUUAA